CUGCUGUGCCUACCGGUUGUUCAGCUGCUGCUAUUUACGCCACUGCCAGAACAAGUGUUGAAAGUGCAACGACUUAUUUACAUUCGGCGAGAGAAUUUUCGAUUGCCCAAAGUUUCGGAGUAACCACGAAAGUUUGUGAUAAUUUUCCCAGUUUCGCGCAGAGUUUCGGUGCAAAAACAAAGCCGAAAUGGUCGAUUACAGCAAGUGGAAAGACAUCGAGAUCUCAGAUGAUGAAGACGAUACACAUCCUAAUAUUGACACACCAUCUUUAUUUCGAUGGCGCCAUCAAGCUCGAGUUGAACGAAUGGAAGAACGAGAAAAGGAGAAGAAAGAACAUGAAAGACAAAAACAAGAAACUUUGAGAAAACUAAAAGAAACCAAAGAAAAGGUUCAGGAACUAGAAAAAACAAAUAAGGACUCGCCUGAUUUUGAAACUAUGAAAAAAGCUUUGCAAGAAUUGGAGAAGCAAGAAGCAGAAAUUAAAAAGAAAGAAGAAGAAUUAAAGCAAAAAGAGAAACUAACACCUUGGAAUGUAGACACUAUAGCUCAACCAGGUUUCAGUAAAACUAUAGUUAAUACAAAAGCACCUAGAAAAGAUGAAUCUAAUCUACCAGAUGAAGAAAGGGAAAGACUUAUGAAAGAAUUUGUUAAAGCAAAUGAAAAGCAAAUAAAAGAGUUUGGAAUGUUAAGACGCUUUGAGGACAGUAAAAAAUACUUGACAGAUCAUCCUCACUUAGUAUGUGAGAACACAGCCAAUUAUCUUGUUAUUUGGUGCAUAAAUCUUGAAAUGGAGAAGAAAUGUGACCUCAUGAAACACGUUGCUCAUCAGUGUAUUUGCAUGCAAUAUAUUUUGGAGCUUUCAAAACAAUUAGACGUCGAUCCCAGAGCUUGCAUUGGAUCUUUCUUCAGUCGCAUAGUAGUGGCAGAAGUGGAAUACAAAAGAGCAUUCGAAGAUGAAUUGAAAUCAUUCAUCACCAGAAUUCAGAAACGCGCUGCUGAAAAACUUGAAGAAGCUGAGAGGGAAGCUGAAGAAGAAGAAAGAAAGGCUCGUUUGGGACCAGGAGGACUUGAUCCAGUAGAGGUGUUCGAAAGCUUGCCAGAGCCAUUGCAAAAAUGUUUUGAGGUACAAGAUAUUCCAAUGCUGCAAAAGACAAUUGCCGCCAUGCCCGAAGAGGAGGCCCGUUAUCACAUGAAAAGAUGCGUCGCCAGUGGAUUGUGGCUACCAGAAGCUGAUCAGAAAGACUCGAACGACGACGACAAUUCGGCCGACACUACGGUGGAAGAAAUUGACACCAAAUCGGACGGCGAAGAAAAAGCAUAAAAUUGCAUUUUUUUUUUUUUUAACCCAUUGAAAUUUGCGUCAUUGUAAAACUUCGUAUACACACACAAUUUAAUCUUUGUGUAAUAAUUCAUAUUGAUUGCGAAUUUUUCGGAAAUUUUGUCCGCAUCGAUCGGAUUCCACAUCGUUAACGUUUUGAUAGUCAACAAUUGAAAAUUCUUGAACUAUAUAUUUAAAAUAAUAAUUUUAUCUGUGUGUAUUAUUGUCUCAUUGCUGAAAGGAAGAGAGAGAAAAAAUCUAAUCAUAACAGAAACAUAACUUUGGAGCCCUUUAAUAGAAGCUCGGCAGAAAAAAAAAAACAUCUUCGAUUGUUGUAUGGAAAUUAUUUAAGGCUGAGCGCUUAAUUGUAAAUACUUCAAAUCAUGAUAUCAUUAAAAAGGCAUUUUAAAUGUAAA